UGAGGGUUGACAGAGAAAGAUGAAAAAGGGGCUUAAAACUCGUGUGCCUACGUGCACUCGGACAAAGUCGUGAACCGAGGACCUCACUGGUCAGACAGAUGGGUGUGCUCAUCUGAAUAGCGGAAUUGCGUUGAAAUCCUUGCAACACCAUUUUUUUUUUUUUUUUGCAAUUUGGACUCCGUCUGUCAUCCUGACCAUGUCGUCCGUUCCCUUGCCACCGCCGACAUGCCUGAGAAAACCUUUUGUGGCUCCUCACCGACACAUGUUUGGACCCGGACCCUCAAACGUGCCUCCUCGCAUCUUGGAGGCUGGGGCCAAUCCUAUCAUCGGUCAUAUGCAUCCGGAAAUGUUUGAGAUAAUGAAUGAUAUCAAGAGCGGGGUCCAAUAUGCUUUUCAAACUCAGAACAACAUGACCCUGGCUGUGAGUGGCACCGGCCACACUGCGAUGGAAUGUGCCAUCUUCAACGCAGUCGAGCCUGGGGAAAGCAUCCUGGCUGCUAUAAAUGGCAUAUGGGGAGAACGAGCAUCAGAUAUGGCUGAGCGGAUAGGUGCUAGAGUAAAUACCAUUGUGGCUUCACCUGGUGGCUACUUCACUAAUGAAGAAAUUGAGCAGGCCCUAUCAAAACACAGGCCAGUGUUAUUCUUUCUUACACACGGAGAAUCCUCUACAGGGGUCUUGCAUCCUUUGGAUGGGAUCGGAGACCUAUGCCAUAAGUAUAAGUGCUUAUUUCUUGUCGACUCCGUGGCUUCAAUGGGAGGUGCCCCGCUGUACAUGGACAAGCAAGGGAUAGACAUUCUGUACACUGGCUCUCAAAAGGUCUUGAAUGCACCUCCUGGUACAGCCCCCAUCUCCUUCAGUGAAAGAGCUUGCCAGAAAAUAUUCAGCCGGAAGACAAAGCCUGUGUCAUUUUUCUUGGACUUGAAUUGGCUGGCAAAUUACUGGGGAUGUGAGGGCAAGCCAUCAAGAAUGUAUCAUCACACAGGACCUGUCUCAGCUUUUUACUCUCUGAGGGAGAGUCUGUCUAUCGUUGCUGAAGAGGGUCUGCAAAAUAUGUGGGCGAGGCAUAAAACAGUGGCAGAGUACUUCCAUGAAGGCCUAGAAAUCAUGGGUCUCAAACUUUAUGUCAAAGACAAAAAAGCAAGAUUGCCAACUGUCACAACUAUCGUGGCACCAUCGGGAUACGACUGGAAAGAGAUAACAACCUACAUCAUGAAAGUACACAAUAUAGAGAUCUCUGGAGGACUUGGACCCUCUGUUGGCUUGGUGUUACGUGUGGGACUUAUGGGAUGCAACAGCACAAAGGCCAAUGUUGACAUGAUACUGGGAGCAUUAAAAGAUGCUCUUAAACACUGCCACAAGAGCAAAGUCUAACACGACACUGUUGUCAUCAUGAAUGGAGUAGCCUUGUUGUACUGCUGUAAACAACGUGACAAUAUCCAAUAAAGUAAAACCAUUUGACGAC